AUGGCCGGCAGCAACACCCCAAUAACGGCCGGAUGGUUUUUCUUCCUAUUCACACUUGUCGGGGCGUGCUGCGGACUGCUGUACACGGUUUUCCAAGGGGACGGAGAGCCGCUCGUCGCGUCCCUCGCAUUCAGUGGGAUUGCGUUCGCGGCUUCGUAUUGUCUUAUCUGUUGGUUGGGUGACGAGUUCAAGAGGGUGGGCUUCAAGGGGAGGGAUCGCAGUAAAUUAGAUAGAAAGGAGAUCCCGGAGACAAUGGGUGCCGUGUGUGCAGUUGUCUACUUGAUGGUGAUGAUUGUGUUCAUACCGUUUCCGUUCUAUGAGUACUUCUAUGUCCAGACGAGUGGCGGUGGGAAUAGGGACAUGACCGUUGAGAUGGUGGAAACGGGACGGAAACUGCAUCGUUUCCCGCAUAAUAAGCUGGGCGAAUACCUUUCCGCGCUGCUCUCCCUCCAGAGCAUGGCCAUCCUCGGCAUCGCUGACGACCUCUUCGAUAUCCGGUGGCGGCACAAGCUCUUCCUGCCCGCGAUAGCGGCAAUCCCGAUGCUCAUAAUGUACUACAUUGACUUCGGCGUUACGAACAUCGUGGUCCCGUUGCCACUACAGGCCUACCUCGGAGAAAUGGUGAACCUCUCCUGGGGUUACUACGCAUACAUGGCCGCAAUCGCCAUCUUCUGUCCAAACAGCAUCAACAUCCUGGCCGGCGUCAACGGUCUCGAAGUCAGUCAGUCCAUUGUGAUCGCCGCCUUCAUCGCCAUAAACGACCUCCUCUACAUCUCCGUCAAAGGCCAUCCAGCCACCGAUUCACACCUAUUCUCACUCUAUUUCCUCCUGCCAUUCUUGGGAGUAUCACUAGCCCUCUGGUGCCACAAUAAAUACCCCUCCAAAGUCUUCGUCGGCGAUACCUACUGUUACUUCGCGGGCAUGACCUUCGCCGUCGUCGGCAUCCUGGGCCACUUUUCAAAGACCCUGCUCCUCCUCUUCAUCCCGCAGAUCUUCAACUUCCUCUACUCCUCGCCACAACUUUUCGGUCUCGUUCCGUGUCCUCGUCACCGCCUGCCACACUUCAACGCACGCACAGGCCUGAUGGAGCCCUCGCGCGGUCAAUUCAUCCACCCACCGCGCUGGCCCAUCUCCGUCGCCCUCAAAACUCUCGCGAAGUUGGGGCUCGUUCAGAUUUGGACAGAUGACAACGGCGUGGUGUUGGAGUACUCGAACCUGACGCUGAUAAACCUGUGGAUUGUAAGGUUCGGUCCCAUGCGAGAGGAUAAGGUCACUCUGGGGCUGGUGGGAUUGCAGGUGGUUUGUGGUGUGCUGGGACUGUUUAUCAGACAUAAGGCCGCGCUGCUCCUGUUUCCGUAUGAUAAUUUGAAACUGCAGGAUUUUGAGGGGUUGGGGUUGCCGGUGGUUUAG